AUGGCCGCCAACAGUCGCUACGGUGGCGACCCGAACUAUCACCCUGACCAAGAAGAAUUAUCCAACAUCAUCGGCAAACUAUACUGUGGUUCAGACGGCACCGCUACCAUUGUCAUGGGCACCGAUGGCGUCCUCCGAUCUAUGGAAACCAACCGCGACAUAGUAGAUGCCAUCGGCCUUCCAACUCGACUGAUCAAAGCUUAUCUCGAUCGCUUCGCAUUUGACCAGGAAACAGAAGACAUGUUUCGCGGAGCAGAUGGAACGAAAGUGCCCCAGGAGCAGUGGCGGAACCCAGAUCCAUCGUUAUUGCCGCCACCUCUAACGGCAGAGGAGAAAGCAUGGGUUAAGAAGAGUAACGAGGAGAAUAAGGAAAUCAUUCAAGAGAAUAGGAAGAAAAUGGAAAGUGGGGAGCUGAAGCCGUGCGGGGUUAAUAUUCGGUCGGAUCAUGACCUAAGCCUUAGGUAG